AUGUCUUCGGAACAGCCUCUGCCCAUCGUGAUCUGGGUCCACCCACGAUCAUGCUCCACCGCCUUUGAGCGCUCGCUCAUGCAGCGACCCGACACCGUUGUCUUCCACGAACCCAUCGGCGACCCCUUCUACCUCGGCAAGGAUCGUCCUUGCCGUCGAUUCGAUGACGACCACGCCAAAAAGUCGGGCAACUACGACCUCACCGUCACCGAGGUGCUUGAAAAGGUGCUCAACCCCACUCCCGAGGAUAUGGCCAAGAACAAGUCCUGGCCACCCAGAUACGUCUUUUUGAAGGACAUGGGUCAAUGUCUCUUCCCUGCCGAGCUGUUGCAUCAGCUCCACCCCGAAUCCAAGGUCUUUCCCGCUCCUGCAAACGCCAGCGGUAGCACUUCGAAGCCGUUCGAUAUCAACGCACCUGUCGUCGAGAACCCUACCGCAGUACCCACGUCGAUCCUAAAGCGUUUCCGUCACUCCUUCCUCAUUCGCACACCGGAAAAGUCGAUCCCAAGCUACUGGAAGUGCGUCCAAGAAGGUGCUUCCGGAUGGGAGUUCUGGGAUCAAGCCGACGCAGGCUACGUCGAGCUCAAGAUCCUCUACGACUGGAUCUCCAACCCCAAUUCUACCUUCAACACCGAGAAGGGAGAUGAGCACGCAGUCGAGCAACCGCAACCUCCACCUCUGCUCGACGCUUCGACGUUGCUUGCACACCCCGACCACGCCAUCAAGAGCUACUGCGAGGCUAUGGGCAUCCCCUUCACGCCCGAGAUGCUCUCAUGGGACUCGGGUCCUGUUGACGAAUGGGCCAAAUGGGGUGGGUACCACAAUGCAGCUGAGAACUCGACAGGCUUCAAGAAGGAGGCCGUUGCGACACCCCUCGAGGGUGACAAGCCAAAGUCCAAGAUCGCAGAGCAUCUGCAACCAGCUGUGGACGCCUGCGACCCGCACUACCAGUACCUGCUCUCCAGAGCCACUAUCAAGGCUCCUUGA